AAAAAUAGUAUAAAGAAAAAAAACACAAUUAUCAAACACAAACACAUGGGAUUUAAGAGGGAAAGUGUUAGAUGAAAAAAGCUGUUCAGCUCAGCUGGGAAUGGGGGAUGAAAAAAGGAGGGCAAUCUGAUAAAGAGAAAAGGUGGGCACGAGAAAAACCCGAUGUAGGAGGGAAUGCCUACAAACAACGGGAGAAGCGGGUCGAAAAGCGCAGCGAAGUGGGAAAACGGCCCCGUGCGCCGCUCUCAAGGCUCCACGAGCGCUUCUAAGCAAUGGGGCGCGGAGGCCUGGUCUGGGCGGUUGGCAGCGCGUGGCUUCUCGGGCGCGCAGCUAGGAGGGCUUGCAUUGGGUUUCGGCUGUGGAAGGAAAACAGUCCUUCAGAGUGGCGAGUCGACCUUAAACCACCCGAGAGGUGCUGUAUUUGCGGCCACAGCUUCGCAAGGGAAGAUUCUGUGCCACCUUUCUUCUAGUUGGCCCAGACUAUUGCUUGCCCUCGAGUGGGCCGAAUUAUCAUGACGACGACCAGCUCUCAGUCCGAUGUUGGCGUUGACAUACUGAGUCAACGUUUCACCACCCUGGACUAUGCCAUCUUUUCCACAAUGUUGCUUUUGUCGGCGGUAGUUGGCGUAUUCUACGCCUUCGAGGGAGUCCUAAAAUCUCACAAGGACUUUCUGAUGGCAGACCGCAAUCUAAGUUUUUUGCCUGUGGCAUUUUCUCUCGCGACUAGCUAUAUGUCGGCCUUGACAGUGCUGGGAACUCCGGCAGAAGUCUAUCGCUUCGGAAGUGUUUUUCUCCUCUUUGCUUUUUCGUACGCCAUCAUGGUGGUGAUCAUUGCUGAAGUGUUCCUACCCGUCUUCUAUCGACUGGGACUCACCAGCGUUUACGAGUACUUGGAGCUUCGGUAUAAUAAGUAUAUGCGUAUUCUUGGAACAAUGAUGUUUAUAAUACUAACGAUAUUAUACACCAGCAUUGUUAUAUAUUCUCCAUCACUGGCUUUGAAUAAAGUUACAGGAUUUCAGUUGUGGGGAUCAGUAAUAGCAACAGGAUUAAUCUGCACCUUCUACUGCUCAGUAGGUGGCCUAAAGGCAGUAGUCUGGGCAGCUGUUUUCCAAUAUAUACUGAUGAUAAUUGGGCUUGGAGUAGUGUUUGCAAAGGCUGUGAUAAUUAAAGGAGGAUUUGGCCCUAUUCUAGAUGAUGCUUACCAGGGAGGAAGACUAAACAUUUGGGACUUUAACCCAAAUCCUUUGAAAAGACACACUGUGUGGACUGUUGUGAUUGGUGGCACUUUUACUUCGGUUGGUAUGUAUGCAACAAAUCAAAGUCAAGUUCAACGAUAUUUUGCUUGCAGAUCACAAUGGGAUGCCAAAUGGGCUCUAUAUCUGAAUCUUGUGGGCCUCUGGAUAGCUCUGAUUUUUGCAUCACUGGAUGGAAUAUCAAUGUAUUCAAUAUACAAGGAUUGUGAUCCAUUGACAUCCGGAAUUGUAUCAGCCCCAGAUCAGCUCAUGCCAUAUUUUGUCCUGGAUAUUCUGGAAGAUUAUCCAGGCGUACCAGGACUUUUUGUGGCUGGAACCUUCAGUGCUUCAUUAAGUUCAGUGUCUACCAGCAUCAAUGCAUUAGCUACUGUAACUUUAGAAGAUUUUAUUAAGCCUUAUUUCACAGUGUCUGAAGAAAAGUUAUCAUAUAUUGCCAUGGGAAUAAGUCUAUUAUUUGGUAUAGCAUGUCUAUCCAUGGCUGCGCUAGUAUCUGUUAUGGGUGCUUUAUUACAGGCUGCAUUCAGUGUUUUUGAAUUAAUUGGAGGACCUUUGUUAGGAAUAUAUUCUUUGGGCAUCCUAUUUCCUUUUGCAAAUUCUAAAGGUGCAUUCUCAGGUUUUAUUUGUGGAUUUUGUGUAAUAAUGUGGAUUAGAAUUGGUGCUCAGAAAUACCCACCGGCAUCUCACCGGACAGUACCAUUACCUCUUUCAAUUGCAGGCUGUCAAAAAUCCAAUGACAGCGCAUUUGUACCUAUAAUUGUUACUAGCCCUUCGCCAGCUCCUUCAAGAUCAUAUCUUCAAGAGUACUGGUAUUCAGUGUCAUAUCUAUAUUUCAACACAUUAGGUGCUUUGAUUACAUUUAUUAUGGGAACAAUUAUAAGUUUAAUAACAGGAGGUUUAAAAAAGGAGGUAGAUCACAGACUUCUGUUUACAAGAAAAGAUUUUAUGGUGAACAUUCAGUACUGGAAAAACAAGUUUUCAGCAAAACAGGUUGCUCCUGAAGAAGGCUGAUUCAGAGGACAAAACAGAAAAGAAGAGCAUUUUUAUAAAAUAACUUCUGUAAAUGAAACCCAUGGAAUAUAGUAAAGUUGAGCAUUUAGCAAUCUUUGGUUUUUACUCAAUGAUAUUUGAAUUGGAAAAUCUUUAUUUUUCAAUAAUUAUUGAAAUUAUUUUGGUUGUGUUAUUACCUGAUUAUCAAAGCUUAAGCAUGUUUUUAUGGUAAUUUUAUAGAACUGCAAAACAUUAUAAAAGUUUAAUAUAUAACACUCCAUUAUUUAUUGAAGAACCUUAAAUUUGUUUUAUUUGCUUUUAUGUAAUGCUAUUAAUGCUUUACAAAUAAUAAAUUCUAAAUUUUGAACCUAAAUGUUUAGACUAAACAUUGUUAAGUAACAAAAUAUUCACACAAUAUAAAUCACAAAAAGAAUUCGUCCUUGUCUAUAUGGGUAUUUUGUAUUGUUUUUUUUGUUUUUCAUCUCUUUUCCAAAAAGCUUUGUAAUUUACAAUGCAUAAAAGGUGUCCCACUGACUAUUAUAUAGCAGAAUUUUAUGAUGGCGGUUUUAUUUUUAAUGAAAGGCUAUUAAGGGAUGUUGCAAUUUCAACUAGUAUGUUGAAAUUACAAUCUUUACCAUUCUGCCCACAUGCACAAAAUAAUUUUUUAGAUUAAUGCCUUCUUGGUUGAAAAUUGAUCAGUUAUGCAUGUCCUUCAACCAUCCAUAUUAAUAAUAAGCAAAAAUUCAGUGUAAAUCUGAUACUUGGCAUAUCUAGAUUAAGGUUUUUAAAAUUGUUCCUGGAACACUGUUUUCCACAAGAACAUGAGCCUAUUUAGUGAGAAAUUAAGAACAAAUAAAGUUCAUCAGGAGUGGCCAUAACAAUUUUCCCAAGGUACAGCAAAAAAUAUGGGACAUCAAUUGAAGCUCUUCCUCCUGAUUAAAGAUUUUGGGAUUUGUUUAUAUAUUUAACUAACAGGUUCCUCAGCCUGGAAAAAAGUUUGAAAACAUUCUCUCCCUGGUCCAUCUAAUUCUGAUUUUGCAAUAUCUGCAGUUUCCAAUGCCCAUUUCUCUUGAAAUACCAAGAAUGAAAACUGAGUAACAUUUUCAUGUUUUUCAUUUCUAACAAGUUAAUACUUACUUAGGACCCCUUUCCACUUUUUGAGAAAGCCCUCAAUAUUUUGGAGUAUUAAUAAUAACAAAGAGGCACUUUGUAACGUUCCACUAUUGUAUUAAAAACAAUUAGACCAGUGGAAAACAGAAGUAAUAAAGAUGUAGUUGGAGGGCAAAUGGGCUUUUUGAAGGACUGGUUACAUUGGAUUAGUGUCUUCGGUGGGUAGGCAUCAGAGAUCCCACUCACCCUUCUCCAUUAGAUUUGGAUAGUUUGUCUCUGUUUCAGAGACCUUGUAUCCUGUACCUGAGCCAUUCCCCCCCCCCCUCUUUCUGAGCAGCUUUUUUCUGCAGUGCACUUCCCUAAUAAGUGCUAAUGGCAAGUUAACUAACUUUUAAUUAGUUGUUUCCUACAGCUGGCACUGCUGCCUAAAAUUAGCCUUGACCUUAAUAAGUUAAUAGCAGAUGGGUUUUGCCUCCUGAGUGUAUACUAGGCAAACAACCAGCCUUAUCACUUUCUUUUCAUGUGAAUUCCAUAUUACACACCUUACUUGUUGUAAUUUGUUCCUUUCCAAUAAAGUAAAUACAAAUGAUUUCCUUCUUGUUAAUUGCGUCAGCAACGGGGUGAGCAUUCCAAAGGGCAGGGGAAUGGGGAAAAUCUGUAAGAUCUGCCUGGCAAUCCCAACUUCCUUAUGAUCCUACUUCUGGAGGCUGUCCUUGCCACUUGGACUCAGCAAGGCAGAUUGAGGAAGGAUCUCCUGGUGCUGUGGAUGUGUUUCAGUACAAUUUCUGAAUAAACUUUAUUAAAGGUCUUUUGCUAGCCUGGAAUCUCCCUUGAUAUUCUCAUUCCUUGGCAGCCAUCCUGCAAAUUCCAAAUAAAGUAUUGAUGCACAAACUACCAACAACUUAUUUUUAAGCAGGGAAAAGCCAUAGAAUGAUAUAGGAAAUGUCACUGGAGCCCUUCAAAGUAGCAACUCAUAAUUAACUAUCUUGCUUUGAGAUGGACUAAUCACCUGGGAGAAAGCUUCUUCAGGCUGUUUUUACUGCUUGGAACUAGGAAGGGGUGAAUCCCACUAGAGAUGUUUUCAACUAAAUAAAGCCUAAAGUCAGACUGAAGACUGGAUAUCAUCCUGCAUAGCAAAAUCAUAAGACUAUAUAAGCAAUAAAAUAUAAUUUAGAAAAGGAAUACUAAACAACACAUACCAUUUCUAUAAAUAGAACAUAAACAAGGAAAUUAAUAGGAGAAAAAUAAAGUACCAUAAAUCUGUCAAUAACUUGCAAUUAAGUUUUUUUUUAAAAAUCACCAAAAGAGAAACAACAUUAACAAUAACAGCCUGGCAGAUUCAGAUUGGAAAGACAUGUUGGAAAGACCAUUAGAUUAUAGGAGAACCCUGUGGUUUUGUGCUCACUUGGGGAAUUUUUUAAGGUGCCAGAGUAUACCUGAUAAUUAUUCUAAUUUUGGGAGCAA